UGCGGUUGCACAUUUUUUGGAGGUGGACCUCGGCACUCAGCAUCUUCAUCCCCCACCCAAAACCUUCAUCUGUUUCGGCUCCUUUUGUUUCUCUACUCUCCGUUCCUCCGGUUCGUCGCAUCGGACGUGUGGAGCCCUCAUGGGCAGUGUUCUGGCCUUGGCUGGUGCGGGCCGUCAGAACUGGCCUUUCUCCUCGGACACACCCCCUACCCAGUGGGACACGCCCCUUCCUCACUGGGAUACGCCCCCUCGCUGGGAGAGGAGGGACGGACGCCUCCCCAACCCCGGGAGCUUCCAUGCCCUGCAUCACUCGUGCAAGGAUGUGUUCCCACAGCAGAUUGAAGGAGUAAAGAUGAUGGUCAACAAAACCCUUAGCAGCUUCUUCAAAGCCAGUCAUACCUUCCACCUCAGUGCAGUGAGUCCGUCUCAGUACCGCUUCCAUGUGGAGCACCGUCAGUCUGACAGUCACGGCAAAGAUACGGACUCCCCCGUGCUGAUCGGUGAGAUGGACUCCUCCGGCAGUCUGAAUGCUCAUUCGCUGCUGCAUCUUAGCGAACGAAUCAGGGCCAAGGCUGUGUUUCAGACCCAGCAGGCUCAGUUCAUGACGUGGCAGUUUGAGACGGAGUACAGAGGAAGUGACUUCACAGCUGCUGUUACCAUGGCGAACCCUGAUGUCCUACGGGAGUCAGUGAUCCUGGUUGCCCACUUCCUCCAGAGUGUGUGUUCAGGGCUGGUGUUGGGAGGAGAGCUGGUCUACCACAGAGGAAGACAUGAAGAGGGAGGGAUUCUCACCCUGGCUGGACAGUACUCAGGUCCUAAUUGGGUGGCGACACUGAAUGCUGGGAAAGGAGGAGCUCACGCCAGCUACUACCAUAGAGCUAACAAACAGAUCCAGGUGGGGGUAGAGUUUGAGGCCAGUACCAGGACCCAGGAGACGACGGCCUCCUUCGGGUACCAGAUGGAACUACCAGAGGCUAACAUGGUGUUCAGAGGCAUGGUUAACAGUAGGUGUAUAAUUGGAGGAGUACUGGAGAAGAGUCUGUCUCCUCUCCCUGCUACACUGCUGAUGGGAGCCUUCGUUAAUCACCGUGGUGACAAACUGCAGGUGGGGCUGGGAAUCAAUGUGGGCUAGACUACAACACCCACAACCCUCUACAGAAGGGACACCCUCACAUGCCCCUCCCCCAGCCCUGUGGCCUCGUGGGAAACGGCGUUCCUGUUUUUGGAGGAAGAAAAUGGUGCAGCAAGAAUUUCCCCCCUAGCGACCACAUGGCAACUGUUACAUCACUUCCUGUUGAAAAACCUGAACUGGACAGACUCACGAGAUGUCAGCUCCACACAUAGAGAGCGAUAGAGGACUAAAUUUAGUAUCUGUGACAUUAUAUCAUCUGACACAGCAUGGGCAUUUUGAAGUAGUACAUUCUCUUCUUAAACGAUUGGCUGAUCAAUCUUGAUGACCAGUUAAACAUGGCUCCAAUAGGUUCAGGAAGGAUCAGCCAAUAAAGUUGGAAGUCCCACCCAGUUGACUACAUUAAAAUGGUGGAAUCCAUCAAUGGCGCUGUCCAUGCUAAUAUGGCCUUUUGGCCACUAGAGGUCUCUAUCAUUCUCUAUGACUCCCCCAUACCUCAUAAUGCAUAAUGGACAGCUCAUAGUAAUAGCUGGAAUCAAACCAUGUGUUUGAUACCAUUCCAAUGAUUCCGUUCCAGCCAUUACCACGAACCCAUCCUCCCCAAGUAAGGUACCACCAACCUCCUGUGCUCACCUCCCAUCCCCCAUAAUGCACCUCACCUCUUAUCCCCCAUAAUGCACCUCCCAUCCACCAUAAUGCACCUCACCUCCCAUCCCCCAUAAUGCACCUGACCCUUCAUCACCCAUAAUGCACCUCACCUCCCAUCCCCCCAUGAUGUAUCUCACACUCCAUUACCCAUAAUGCACCUUCCUUCCCACAUAACGUACUCUAUGUAUACCAUAUAUUGUAAUAUCAUAAUAUAUUUGUACUCUAUGUGGGAACCUCUAGAGAUUAAACUGAUGUUGAGACUGGGACCCUCUAGAGAUUAAAUUGAUGUUGAGACUGGGACCCUCUAGAGAUUAAACUGAUGUUGAGAUUGUGGGGCCCUCUAGAGAUUAAAUUGAUGUUGAGACUGGGAACCUCUAAAGAUUAAACUGAUGUUGAGACUGGGACCCUCUAGAGAUUAAACUGAUGUUGAGACUGUGGGGCCCUCUAGAGAUAACGGCCAGACAGAAUUAUCUCUAGAGAUAACGGCCAGACAUAAUGAUCUCUAGAGAUAACGGCCAGACAGGAUGAUCUCUAGAGAUAACGGCCAGACAGAAUGGUAUCUAGAGAUAACGGCCAGACAGAAUGAUCUCUAGAGAUAACGGCCAGACAGAAUGAUCUCUAGUGAUAACGGCCAGACAGAAUGAUCUCAUCCUCCACAAGCCCAGGAGCAGGAGAUAUUACUAUAUUAUACACUGAAUGUACCAAAUAUUAAGAACACCUGCCUAAUAUUGAGUUGCACCCCCUAUCUCCCCCUUUUGACCUCAUAAGAGCCUCAAUUUGUUGGGGCAUGGACUUAAGGUGUCAAAAGCAUUCCAAUGGAUCCUGGCCAAUGUUGAUUCAAAUAAUUCCCAGUUAUGUCAAGUUGGCUGGAUAUCCUUUGGGUAGUGGAACAUUCUUGAUACACGCUGGAAACUGUUGAGCUUUAAAAACCCAGCAUCUUUGCAAUUCUUGAAACAAGUCGGUGCGCCUGACACCUACUACCAAACUCUGUUCAAAGGCACUUAAAUAUUUUGUCUUGCCCAUUCACCCUCUGAAUGUCUCAGUUGACUCGAGGCUUAAAAAUCCUCCUUUAACCUAUCUC